AUGGCUAAAAAAAGCUCUAAAAAGUCUUCAAAAUUGUCCUCUAAAAGGUCGAAUGCUAACUUUAACUCCACCUCUGCUUCCAAAUUCAUAAUAAAGGAUGGUGUUUCUCGUCCUUUUGUUGUGACAUCUCCAUCUGAGGAUUUGAUUCGAAAAAGAUCUGUGGUAAAUCCAAAGGAAAAACUUCUUAUCGCUGUGCUAUUGUUUUUUACAAUUCUAAUUCGAUUCCAUGCAUUGUCAAAACCAAACUCAGUUGUCUUUGAUGAAGUUCAUUUUGGUGGGUUUGCUUCCAAGUACAUUAAUGGAAAAUACUUCAUGGAUGUUCAUCCCCCCUUAGCAAAAAUGUUGUUUGCUGCAAUUGGAUAUAUAUUUGGUUUUAAAGGAGAUUUCCCAUUCAAAAAUAUUGGUGAUGUAUACCCUGAAACCACUCCCUAUUUAAUGAUGCGUGCAUUUCCUGCUCUUCUUGGUGUUGGAACUGUCCUUUAUUGUUAUUUAACUUUAAGAGCAACAGGUUGUAGAGUUAUCACUUCUUUUUUUGCUGCUGCUUUAUUGGCAAUUGAAAACUCCAAUGUGACUAUUUCUAGAUAUAUUCUUCUUGAUUCUCCUUUGUUGUUCUUCAUUGCUUCAUCUGUUUAUUCAAUCAAAAAGUUUGAAAUUCAAACUCCCUUUUCAUUUGAAUGGUUCAGAUCCUUGGUAAUAGCAGGAGUUGGUCUUGGUUUUUCUGUAAGUUCAAAAUGGGUUGGUUUGUUCACUAUUGGAUGGGUUGGUAUUCUUAUGAUUUGGCAAUUAUGGUUCAUUAUUGGCGAUUUAAAUGUUUCAACAAAAAAAAUAUUUUUCCAUUUUAUUUCUAGAGGCUUUAUUUUACUUGGUAUUCCAUUAAUCCUAUAUCUAUUUUUUUUCUCCAUUCACUUCCAAUUAUUACCAAAUGAAGGUGAUGGUUCUGCUUUUAUGUCUUCUGCUUUUAGAUCUACUUUAUCUGGUAACACCAUCCCCAAAACUACAAAAGCACAGGUUGGUGUUGGCUCUUUGGUUACAAUUCGUCAUAUUGCCACUCAGGGUGGUUAUUUACACUCCCAUGACCAUUUAUAUGAAACUGGUUCAAAACAACAACAAAUUACUUUAUACCCUCAUUUGGAUUCAAAUAACCACUGGCUAGUUGAAUUGUACAAUGUUACUGAAGUUCCAACUUCCUUUGAACAAAUUAAGGAUCGUACUAAAAUCCGUUUAAAGCACAAGUUGACUCAACGUCGUUUACAUUCUCAUGAUCAUAAAGCACCAGUCAGCGAACAAGAUUACCAAAAAGAAGUUUCUGCCUAUGGCUACGCAGGCUUUGCCGGUGAUGCAAAUGAUGAUUUUAUUGUUGAAAUUGUUCAACAAAAAUCAAAGCCAAAUGCUCGUCAAGAAGUUAGAGCUUUAGAAACUGUUUUCAGAUUGCGUCAUGCUAUGACUGGCUGCUACUUAUUUUCCCAUGAAGUCAAGUUACCCAAAUGGGGUUUUGAACAACAAGAAGUUACAUGUGCCACUCAAGGUGUUGUUCCUAAAUCUUACUGGUAUAUUGAAACUAAUGAAAACGAAUUUCUUCCAAAAGACGCCGAAACCGUCUCCUAUAAAAAACCAUCAUUUUUAGGGAAAUUCAUCGAGCACCACAAGAGAGCAUGGCAUAUCAACAAUGGUUUGAAUUCUCCUCAUAAUUGGGAAUCAAGACCACACUCAUGGCCAUUUUUAACUCGUGGUAUCAACUACUGGGUUCACAACCACACUCAAGUUUAUCUUUUGGGUAACGCUGUUAUUUGGUGGUCUGCUUCUGCUGCUAUUUUUUUCUUUUGUUGCAACCUUGCAGCCAACAUUCUCAACUGGCAAAGAGGAAAGCCUGUUUGUACAGACGCUCAUGUUUUCAACUGGACAAUUCAAAUGAUUCACUUUAUCAUCGGUUGGGGUAUUCAUUUCUUCCCAUCGUUUUUGAUGACUCGUCAAUUGUUUUUGCAUCAUUAUAUCCCAUCUUUGUAUUUUGGAAUCCUAGCAUUAGCCCACUUUUUUGAUAUUUUUGUUUCAUUUGUUUUUGCUAACCGCCGAUAUGUGUCUUAUGCAAUUUUGGCUACCUUUUUUGGAUUAUCAGGGCUCUUCUUUUACAACUACUCUCCUUUGAUUUAUGCUGAACCAUGGACCAAGUCUUUAUGCCAGAAAUCAAAAUUAGUAUCUACUUGGGAUUUCGAUUGCUCUGCAUUCUAUAGUGACUAUAUUACCACUUCUGCUGAAAGCUUUGACUUUAAAAAAGCUAAACCCUUAGUUGAUGAAAACGUUAUUGCUAAUGAUUUCAAAUAUAAACUCGAUAAUAACUAA